GAGUAUUGCGUUCGCCGGUACGUAACACACGUUGUGUGUCUCACCGUGCCGCGAUAAUUUCGCGACUGCGCCGCGUUUCUCCCUUCCCCUCCCUCUCCCUCUUCUACCCCUUUGAUCCCGCCGCGCCGCGACGUCCAUCCCCACCGUUCGCUCGCGAGAGCGAGAAGGCGGCGCCUCAGCUCGCAGCGACGUGUAUAUAAAGAGACAAACCCCCCGAACCGAUUAGCAAAGUUCCCCAAAACACACGUAACACAGCAGACUUUUCCAUGCCGACCUACUCGUAAGACGACGAGAACUACAACAAAUCCGGUACCGAAACGACAAGGAGAGAGAGAGAGAAAGCAGAGAUCCUUGAACCGGGACCAGAUCAUCAGGAGUUUGGCGUCAUCGCAAACUAAGCAAAGGAGACAUCGCAUAUCGAGAUAAGGCAGUGAAAAAGAGAAGAAAUCUGUGUGUUGGGAGCCUCUUUUCCCUCGAACGAGUCACGAAAAAAAACGGAGCACGACGUGGCGACGAACAGCUGAUGACCGGCGAAAGCACCGGAAUAAAUACUCCGAGACGACCCGUCACAUUCUUUCAUCCCCGCGUUCUUUUCAGGGUGCGUAACACAAAAAAGAGUCCACCUACGUGAUAUAGAACGCAUCGACCGCGAUCGAUCGGGGGAGCAGUGAAAGCGCGACUGGAGCAACGACUGGAGGACGAGCUGUCAAACCGCGUCAGCUGGGGAAUCCUAGCGCUGUCACAACACGACCACGUGUGAUCUAGCUUUGACGUAAAGCGCGCGCGCGCGCGCGCGCCUGCACUCUCGCGCACUCUCACGCAUAUAUAUUCUUCACGCACCUGCGUAUAUCAUCGCCUGUGCACUCACGCGUCCGUCGAGCGAUCUCGACGCGCACUGCACGAGCCGCAGGUCGCGCAUCGAGAGAGAGAGAAAAAGAGUUGGCGCGACCUCUCCGGGUUUUCAUCGGCGUCGCCCACGAGGGACCGGAACAACAAACCGGUCGACGAACGAGAAUAUUUCCACGAGAAAAAGUGCGAGGACGUGGAUCGCCGAAUCACCCCUGUCAUCAACGUCAUCAACGCACCCCUACGCACCAGAAGGAUGCCUGGCUCCCAGAGGAGGCAGAUGAUGCAGCCAUGGCCCCUGUGCCUGGCGCCCUUCGCGAGAACGAAGGAGCGCAGCGUUCUACCCAAAUACAGCACAAGAGUGUCCCCGGUCAUCAGACCUACACCGUCCAGUUCUGGAUCCGCCCUGGACUGUUCAUCCAACACAACCCUCGUGACAAACGCCAGCCCCUUCAACAGCCAAACCGCCCUCAUCGCCGAGAAGAAGUACACCGGCGAUACCGGCAAAACGUCAAGUACAAAUCAUUAUUAUGCCGAGAAUCUAAGGAACAAUCAUCAGAAGACCCUAAGCAGGUCGAGGAUCUACAAUCCACUCGAUAAGAAUCAGGACGUCGAUUACAAGCAGCUCGAUCCGUUGCUACCGAGCGAGCAAAGUCCAGACGUCAAGAUCCUCAUGGACUCCCAAGAGAUCGUUAAACCACCGAAGGACGUGCAGGAGGUGAUCCGAUUACCUUCCAUGGAAUACAAGAAGAGCCCCAAGCAGCGAUCCUCUAUGCGAUUCGCCACUCAGGUAUUGGCUGCGUUAUCGGUAUCACUGGGUUCUAUGCAGAUCGGUUUUGCGAGUUCGUAUACAUCACCGGCGCUGGUAUCUAUGCGCGACAAUAGCACGACGGACUUCGAGGUUACUAAACAUAUGAGUAUGUGGAUUGGAUCAAUUAUGCCGCUAAGCGCGCUUUUCGGUGGCAUCGCCGGUGGACCCCUUAUCGAAUACAUCGGAAGGAGAAACACAAUUACGGCCACGGCGUUUCCGUUUAUCGGAGCGUGGAUUUUAAUCUCAAUGGCUCAGAAUGUCUCGAUGGUAUUGGUUGGACGAGCGUUAUGCGGAUUCGGCGUAGGCGUCGGUUCCUUGGCGCUACCGGUAUACUUGGGUGAAACGAUACAACCGGAAGUACGCGGUACACUCGGCUUGAUGCCCACCGCUUUCGGUAACACCGGAAUAUUGCUAUGCUUCAUGGCGGGCAUGUAUAUGAAUUGGAGAAACCUGGCUCUAAUAGGAGCGACUAUGCCGAUACCAUUUUUGAUACUCAUGUUCAUGAUCCCGGAGACACCAAGAUGGUACAUCUCGAAGGGAAAAGCGAAGAUGUCGCGAAAAUCCCUUCAAUGGCUGCGCGGCAAGAACGCGGAUAUAACCGAGGAAUUGUCCAUGAUCGAGAAAGUACAUCAAGAAUACCUCGAAACCGAACGAACUUCUCCGCAGGGCACAUUCUCGGAAUUAUUGAAGAGAAACAAUCUCAAGCCGCUUCUCAUCUCCCUCGGCAUGAUGUUGUUCCAACAGAUGUCCGGCAUCAAUGCAGUAAUAUUCUACACGGUGCAGAUUUUCAAGGACGCUGGUAGCACGAUCGACGAGAACUUGUCGACCAUAAUCAUCGGCAUAGUGAACUUCAUAUCCACCUUCGUCGCGGCGGCGGUGAUCGACAGGCUUGGCAGGAAGAUGCUGAUGUACAUAAGCGCGGUCUCGAUGGCCGUGACUCUCUUCGCUCUCGGUGGCUUCUUCUACGCCAAGUCAUCGGGCGUGGACGUGACCAACAUUGGCUGGCUGCCGCUGGUCAGUCUGAUCGUAUACGUAGUGGGUUUCUCCCUGGGUUUGGGACCAAUACCCUGGUUGAUGAUGGGCGAAAUCCUGCCCGCCAAGAUCCGCGGCUCGGCCGCGAGCAUCGCGACCGGCUUCAACUGGAUGUGCACGUUCAUCGUGACGAAGACCUUCGAGGACGUAAUAGAACUGAUCGGAGCACACGGUACCUUCUGGCUCUUCGGCGUCAUCGUCGCCGUAGGUUUCGUCUUCGUGAUUAUCUGCGUGCCGGAAACGCGAGGCAGGUCGCUCGAGGAGAUCGAGAAGAGGUUCACCGGAAAGACCAGGAGAAUGAGCUCGGUGGCGAAUUUGAAGCCGAUGCCGAUGUCGUGCUAGCCGCGGAAAGUCCGAAGGUCGCGGCAGACAAGCCUGCUGGUCCCGUCGAAGACGAGCGGGCUCGUCGAAGCGAGAAGAACUUCCUACGACGUCCUUCCUAAGGAUUUACGCUUUCCCUUAAAGGGAAGUCCUAGGUUUUCGAAGAUGCGCUUCUUCUCUUCCGUGCUAAGAGGGGAACGUAUCUGCUCUCUCCCUCUCGGCUCUUCUUACUUUGUUCUUACUUUCGAGAUUUUUGGUUCGUUCUUGCGAAGUCUGUCUAUCGCGACGAAUUUGGGCAAACGCGAAGAGAUAGUCGAUAAGAAAAAAUAGAAGGAAAAACGAAUGUGCAGGAACACAGAUGGACGAAGCAUUUUUUUCGUAAGGCUCUUUUAUUUGGAAGGGUUGAAGGGCGAACUGAGCGAAGAAUUUUAGCAGAGAUCUCUCAAGAGCUUGAAGAAAUCAAGAUAGUCGGUUGUAUAAAAUAAUUCUUCGACGAAUUUUCCAAGUGAUUAAUUUUUACGAUCGACUUCGUUCAUCUGCCUCUUCAAUCUAGCCUCAUAAAAAACGUAACUUUGAUGGAUUCCGUUCAGAUUCUAUUGAUUAAGAUAUAUUUGAGAUAUGUGAUCGGAAUAUAGUGUCAAUACAUUAUUCAGUCCAAGUACGAGAAAUGAGAGCGAGGGUUAUCGGUCUUGAUACAAAUUUCCAGGCUAUUAUUGAAUGAUUAAUCUUUAAAUCUCUCGUGGGGGUGUAAAUGGAUGUUCCUCGUCGAGAAAAAUGAAUGACAUGCGAUACGCGCGGCUAUCAGCUGUUGACUAGGUGUGUAGUUGCAAUUGUAAUUUUUAUUACUACGACAGUCCUAAAGGACCUACCUCAGGUUAAUGUUAUGCUGUAUACGGUCAGAUAGGAUCUCGCGUUUUUUUUCUUUAACGCGGUUCGCGCGUGAAGCUGCGACACCUUUUUACAGGGAGGGGAUUAAAUGCCAAGUGUACUUUGAAUUUUACGAAAGCAUAAUCUGUACUUAUAUGUAUUAUACGUCCUUCAAGUAAAGGUUAAAUAUUCCCGCGCAAAAUUUUCAAAAACCAAUCGUUCCUGAGCGUCUUUUUCCGCGCUCGUCAUCUCCCUUGAAAAUGAUUGUAAAUAACAGGAGAUCUUUUUUGCGCCAUUAGAUAGUAAUGUUAUGUAUCCGUGUACGAAAAUCGUUAACUUUAAUCGUGGCUCGACGCGUGUCUUUCUUUCGUCGAAAUUAGAUAAAAUAUAUAUUUAGAGGGAGAAAGGGAGAGACAAUCAAAGAACGAUUGAAGCUAAUCAAUAUUGAAGAGAGGUUGAACCUAAAAACGGAGUGAUUCUCAGCCCAUGAUCAUGUAUUAUUGUAAUCUUUAUAUUAAACGAAUGAUACUCGGAGCCCGAUCGUUGUAAUAAUGUGUGAAUAGGAUUGUAAAUGUACGUAUGUAUCAUAAGACAAGCAGAUAUAUAUUUUAUAUUCUCUAAAGCAAGGAAUUAAGAAAAAGUAGAAGAGCGUAAUAUCGUAGUUGUGAUAAAGAUCUUAAGGAAAUUAUGUAAAAUAGUGUAAUGUAAGAGGUGAGCCUCAGACGGACGUAAAACCCGUCGAAAUUUGCCAAUGUUCCCAAGUUGAGGUGUAAAACUGCGCUUCGAUACUUAGCGAGUGUUCCCGGUCAAAUAAUGUAAUCGGAAGAAAAUUCGCUAGCGAAUUUUUAUAUAAAGGAUAUCGAUAGCAAUGAA